GAUGCCCCCUGGAAUAAAUGGGGAGACUGGGGAGAAUGCAGCUCUCCUUGUGGAGAUGGAGAGCAAGAGCGCAUGCGUAAUUGCUCGGGAAAAAAUUCUUCAAUGACUGUGCAGUGUAUAGGACCAAAUAAAGAGACAAGACCAUGCAAUGAUGGACCGUGCAAAGUGAAGAUCCUGGAUUGUGAUGACGCUGAUUGGCAGGGGAGCUUGGACCGGAUUGGUUGGUCUGUGUGCCCCAGGGAUACCACUUUCCUCAAGGGUUUGUGGAGACAUGAUCCAAUGCAGGGAGAUAACAGAGUCGGGCGUAUUGAAUAUGGAAAAUGUUGCGCAGCAGAGGAACCCGCUUUUAUUAAUCAGUCAUCCACUUGUUUAAAUGCAGAUUGGUCGCUUGUUUUGGAUAGGUAUAAUGUCUGGGCUCUAUGUCCUACUGGUUCAUUCAUGAAUGGCCUCAGUGUUGGUAAACCCCUUCCCGCGUUUUUGAAUGACAUAGAAGAGGCAAAAUGUUGCCAUCCACAAAAUCAUCCCACCAGUUAUGAAGACUGUUACGAUGAAGAUGUUACCAUUUCAUUUGACACGAGGGGAUGGAGUGAAUGCCGGCGGGACGGUUAUUACAUGACCGGUUUCUACAAAAGUAGCUGCGAUAAGCUCUACUGCAUUGAGAAGUUUAGAUGUUGCAAGAUGAAAAAUGAAACUGUUGUCAGUGGCAGAUGGAGUGAUUGGGAAGACUGGGGAGAAUGCAACGCUGUCUGUGGAGACGGUGAAAGAGAGCGUAAGCGCACUUGUACCAGUUCCUCUCCAUCUAAAGAGCAGGCUCGGUGCUCAGGACCCAGCAAGGAAACAAGGCCGUGUAACAAUGGACCAUGCCAUGAAUCAGAGUCAGGUUGUCCAGAAGGUUGGGUACAUUAUGGAAACUCUUGUUUCCUGGUCAUCGACAUUCCAAUCAGGGAGUGGAAAGAUGCCAGACGAAACUGCCAAAAACUGGGAGGAGAUCUCGCUAAAAUUACAUCCGCCACCCAAAAUCAGUUUCUCUUAAACCUUCUUAAGAAGCAGGUGAGGUUUACAAGUCUUGGAGCAUGGAUAGGACUGCAGCGAAGAGGAUCCAAUACGUUUUACUGGACAGACAACACACCGCUGACUGGCUACACGGCAUGGAAUGCUGGUGAACCAAACUAUGUGUUCGAGAAAUGUGUGCACCUGAUUGGAAAGAAUUGGAGAAAGAGUGGAAGGUGGAAUGACAAUCGUUGCAUCCUUCCAAGCUGGAUUCAUUACGAAGACGCACCUGUAGCUCUUUGCCAGAAAACGCCAAACGAGAUGGAAGUAUCAUCCCGUCUUCGUUAGCAUCAUGGCGAUGCGAAGAAAUGUAUUUUCCUUGCUUGCUUUGUAUUCGUAAGCUCUAAGGUUUGCCUUUGAAUAAAUAAAGCAAAACAUUGCAUUUAAUCGUUGA